UAGUCAGAUGUACAGCCUUAGAUGGUGGUAAAUACGCCGUAAAUACAAUAGUAUUUGGUAUUUGACUUAUUAUACUUAAUUUUUUAUGCUUCUGUGGUUUAAGACGUCUUACUUGUUUGUGUAGAUUUGUUUAUUCAUAAAACAUUUUACAAAUUCUUAAUACACUGCAAUCAUACUUAGAAACAAAAAUAUUACUUAAAUAUUACUUUACGUCCAUUUUAAACUCCUGGAAUCUUUUAUUUUAAACGAUGCCUAUGGACUGUAUGGAUAACGUGAAUUUGGGAAAUUGUUUGUGGUUUGAAGGAGGAAGUGAAAAAAGAAAUGUUGUAGCUGGGAUGAUAUCAGGACUUCUGUUUGCAGUCGGAUGGUGGCUUAUAAUUGAUGGAAUGGCUGUAAACCCUAGUCAAGUACCUGGUACCUAUCAUAUAUGUGGAUUGGUUGGAACAUUUUCAUUGUUCAUGAUUAAUGUUGUUUCUAAUUCUCAAAUUCGAGGAGAAGCUUACUCUGGAGGAUGGUUUGGACCUAGAGGAGCUCGUAGUUGGUUAUUUAUGGGUUUUGUAUUGGGUUUUGCUGCUUUAAUUGCUGCUUGUUGGAUAUUUUUUGCUGAUUUUGUAGCAGCUAAAGGUUCAACUAAACCAAAUAUGACAGUUGGACUUGAACUGUUUUUCCAAAAUGCAUUUAUAUUUGCUGCAUCUCUGAUUUACAAAUUUGGUCGUGUGGAAGAUCAAUGGUAAA